UGUGUAUGGAUCAACCUAAACUGAAAUAAUUAAGCGCAUACCUGAUUUUAUUGGAUUUUGUCUGCUUCAUUAGUGAAGAGAACGUAUCUAAAUGCAGCCAUUCUAAGACUAUACCUGGGUACGUUUCAAAGGAAUAAACAAUGCUUAAAGGGACCUAACAAAUCCUUACUAUAUCUUCCAAAGCGGACAUUACGAGGCGGUGUCAGAGGAACGAUGUCACGACCACAGAAAAACCGCAUCACUGGUAGAGACAUGUGGCGAAAGAAACAGCAACGAAUUAAGGAAUCGGAAGGACUGGUGCUUGACAAUUUAGGUGGUGACAGACAUUCACUAACUUCAUCAGAAUCACUGACAUUAGCGGCAGAACUUGGUGAAACUACAUCAUGAGAUAGUUUUCAGAAGGCGGUAGCACAUAAAACAAGCACGCUUCUGAUUGGUCGACAGGAAGCGGAAACCGAAGUGUUUACGGAUGUACUAGUUAGAAGAAAGGGAAGUGUGGACAAUGCUUUACUGUUUGUGAUUUCUACUAUGAAAAUAGAUUCAAAAAUCUCUGUGCUCGUAAACAAUCUGAUAAACCGAGGUGCCAGCACAUCUGCUGCUGAUUCCGAAUUGAAGACACCUUUACACUAUGCUGUCAUUAGGAAUCUAAAAGGUGUUGCUGCCAAAUUACUUGACAAUGAUGCUGUUCCCCAUGCACGUGACAAACACGGCACUCUUCCAUUGAAAAUUGCCAUGGACAACAAAAAUGACGACAUGUGUGCACUUCUGCUUGCCUAUAUGCCAAAUGCAUUUGUGCGUGGCUUAUUUAUCUCGUGCGGAAGAAAAGUUGCAGAAUUUUCAAAUCAUGACUUACUUCGUAUUGAGGCCAGUAUGCAGAAAACGAUUCUAUCAAUACUUGACUGCUUGAUAGAGACAAGAGGUUCCACCGAUAGAUUGAGAGUAUAUUACGAUCUGCUGGAAUGUGACGAAGACGGACGGACACCAACAGAUAGCAACUUCAUUGAAAAGUCAAGAUCACCGCUACAAGUAAUUGCGAAAAAGGGAAAUAAGAACAUUGUUUACCAUGACGCAGUAAGGUUGCUUAUAAGAAGAAAGUGGAAGCUGUAUGCUAAAAGGAGGUUUCAGUUUAAUUCCUUCCUGUAUAUUCUUGGGUCAUUUUGCAUCACCUACUCUGCUAUCGUGGCAGUGAUGUCAUCUGAUCCAGUUGUGUAUAAUGGUCCUCUGCAGAUAUCCAGGGCUGUAUUUGAGGUUUUAUCCCUUGUAAUUGUGGCACUAACUGUUUGUACAGAAAUUAAUCAACUUAGACGACACAAGCUAGAGUAUUUCCACGAUCCAUUUAACUGGUUUGAUAUGUCGUCUGCCAUUUUGCUGAGUUGUAUUGUUCCUUUGAGAUUUACCCAUAACAGUGCACAGUGGCACGUGUUUGCAUUUGGAUAUUUAUUUUGGACAAUAAGGAUUUUCAAAUUUGCUGCAGUAUUUAGACAAACAGGUGCGUAUACUCAAAUAUUGGCCAGAAUUAUUGCCCAUGAUUUUAUCCAGUUUGGUGUCGUGUUUCUUGUCAUCCUUCUCGCCUUCAGUGGAUCAUUCUUCCUGUCUUUGAGGGGCGACAGAGAUCUAGAUACACAUAAUGAAACAAGCACCUUCUGGAAAAUAUUGUUUGUUGGCGUUCGGUCGUUGACAGAAGCUCAACCUGUGGUUGAUUAUACCGGAGAGGACGGAUAUGGUACAGUAAGUGUUAUAUUUAUGGUGUGUUUUCUAUUUACGUGUAUUGUCAUCCUACUGAACAUCCUCAUUGCACAAUUGACUGAUACAUAUCAGAAGGUGCAACAAGAUGCACAGAGAGGGUUGGAGGCCAAUAGAGCAUGGAUUGUUGCCAAAGUGGAGUUAAACAGUUUCUUUUUUGGGAAAGAUUUUAGAACAUCCCGCUAUGCAGAGUAUGAAGACAUAGAGGAUCUUAAAGACGUUCUAACAAAAUGGGAUUCUCCACCCCUGAAUGAAAUGAACAAGUAUGUUAAAGACAUCUGGGACACCUUAGAUAACCACAAAAUGAACCUCCUUACCAUACAACAUAGGCUGGUUCGUCAAGAAAAUACUUUGCGGAAUAUACAGGAUCAGCUGCGAUUCUUAGUUGAUAUGAACACAACAGGAUCCUGCGAUACACCAGACGCAGAUUUACAAUCUUCUCAAAGGAUGAAAUUCUAUCGCAGUAAUACAGAACAAAAUGGUUCCAUUCAAACUGAAGACACGAUUGACAGCAGUGCAUGGAGAACACAUUUACAUAAAGAAAAGAACAUUUCACUUGACGAUGUUCAAGCUGUUCUUAAUGGUAUAGAUAAAGACGACAGUGAAUUGAAUAAAGCAGAUUCUACAGAAGCAGACGAGAACAAUCAGUAAAGUUUUGUAGCAAGUGUUUUAUUUUUACUUUGCCAAAACAAUACAAACUGAGUAGUACUGGUCCAACUAUUUUUGACAUUGACAAAUUGUAAGUAUUUUCCGGUGAUUCUCUUUUAUGGCAUCUUUCCGAGACACACAGCAGCAAAUGUUUCGAAAGAUCUUCUCCAAAUAAUGUCUAAUAACAGCCUUUCAAAAAAAUGUGAAAAUUUGCCUUAAACAUUCAGUGACGGUUAGUGGCCAAUGUGUUUCUUGGACAACUUGUGUAUGAAAAAUACCCUUGUAUUAUCGUAAGAGGCGACAAAUAGGUUCUAAGAUCUUGGUUUUGCUGUAUCGCUUUGAUUCAGGCAGGUAUAAAAGUUUUUAUUCUAUACCUCAUAUUUAUUUCGACCUGUAAUGAGUUGUUCCGCCGUAAAACCAAACUCAGUUCAAUUUAAUUCAGUAACUUUUUGUAGUUUAAAGUCUCAUUCAGUGAAAACUGAAAAUUCAUGAAUAAGAAAAGUGCUUUUAUAUCUUACAUUAGCAAGUUAGUCUCGAUAUCUGUUAUUUACGGUAGUGCAUCCGUUAUGGGUAUCUCCAAUUUCCAUGCGUUUCUAAAUGCUGUUUCGACAUUCCUCGGACGGAGCUCAUACUUGAGAAUGUCUUUCCUAACUACCGGAGAAAGCUGAAUUCUAAUUUUGGAGAGUGUGUAAUCGAACAAAAACUUCCGAUUUUUAUAUCUCAGCUUGAGAAUGCUAAUGAAAAUGUUAGCAUAAUGGUAAAAUAAGCAAGAUUUACGUCUAUUGAUUCUGUGUAAAAUUAACAAGGCCGCAAAUGUGAAGAAAUUACGAAGUUGUAGAUGUUAACAGCCUGUUGUUAAUUUGCUUGUGGCUUACAGCCACCUAUACUUAGAAUAGUUUUAUAUUUGAAAUAAAUGUUUUGAUAUGA